AUGUUUUCAAAAUCCUCAUUACUAGCCAUUACAACGCUGGUAUUGAGUUAUAUAUAUUUGACUGGUGGUUUUGAGCCAUGGGGAGCUCAGACUCCCUAUCCAUUUGAGUUGUUUAGGCCAGAAUUUAUAAGGCAAGUUCUUAAGGAGGAGUUACCACAAAGCACAAAUGAAACUUUGCUAGAAAAGUAUGUGGAUCUUUGGACAGUAUAUCCCCACACAUUGAUAACAUCAGAAUUCCCCGAUGUAUUUCCAGCUGAAUUAUCACUAAAAAUACAUAAUAAACUUAUAGGAAAGUUAUUUCUGAAUGAGACAAAGUUUGAAGACUAUGAUAAGGAUAAAUGCUAUGUAUUAGUAUUAAGUGGAGGCUCAAAUAGAGGAGCAUGGGAAGUUGCUGCUUUAAGAGGACUAGUAACGAGAUAUAGAGAUGAAGGAAAAAUCAUUGAUUGGGAUGUAAUUUCAGGUGUUAGUGUGGGAGCAAUUGGAGCUUAUAGUGUAUUGUUUCAGAAAUCUGUUUAUGAAUGGACGAAUGAACUUUGGAACUAUUGGUGGACAGCACAACAAGGUAUACUUUCUGAUUGUCAGGUACCCCUUAAAAAGAAUAUCGGUAAUUGGAUACAAAUGUUACUAAAAAAAAUGAUUGAUCCAGAUGCAGUAUUUCAACAUUUAUGUGGAAUUGCAGCACCAAGAAAGAUUCUUAAGAAUAAAUUUGGAUUCAAUAAGAGAAACAAGUCCAAGUCAGCUACAAUAACAGCAACAAGAAUAGAGGAUGGAUUAACAAAAACAUGGUAUGGUUGGAAUAGUACCGAUGAAGAACUUUUGGAUGCAGUUUUUGCUAGUUUGGCUUACCCAUUAGUAUAUAGGCCAACAUAUGUAGGAGGUAGUUAUUAUAUGGAUGGAGGUAUUAGAGGAAAUGCUAAUUUGAUUGAUCCGAUUAGACAUUGUAUGGAAUUUAAGAAUGUUACUAUAGAUAAAGUAGUUGUUGACUAUAUUGAGACACAACCAAUAAAACCACGUUGGAUAUGGUUUCCAUCAGAGAUGAAUAUUCGUGAUCAUAUUAAUAGAGCUUUUGAUAUAUUACAUUUUAAUGUUAGAGGGCUUUCAAAACUUAAAGAAGCCAUUGAAACAUUUCCAGAGGCAACUUUCAGACAUUAUUUAACUCCUACGACUUGGAGUGAUUUCCAAUUUUGGCCUACUUUGGCUUUAGAUGUUACAGAUAGGCCAAAAAUGAUACAAAUGAUGAAGAUGGGUCUUUCUGCAGGGAUGAAAGCUGGAACCAUUAACCAGACACAGCUGCUUGAAUAUAACAGGACUACAAUUAGAACUAAGUCGGUUGUUUCACUACCUUCUCUCAAUAUUACCACAAGUACUUGA